AUGAGGCGGCAGAGAAUCCUCCACGAAAUGCAUCACUACCGUCUUGCUCACGGUGGUCUCAACAGGGCCGAAUACAUCGAACGGUACUUUUCAGAGCAGAACGGGCAUGUGACCACAGUGGAACGGCCGCCAGCACCCUCACGAGCCGACAGCGAUACCAUAUCUGACAUGCAUCGAAACAGUCAGAUGCCAAGAUUAUCUCCUGGUGGUACGAGGCACUACGCUGGCCCUCCUGAUCCAGAGGAGUUGCGAGGGAGGCUGGUUCGAGUACUCACUGGCGAUCGCUCGCCACAGCCUUCUGCCGCUCCAAGUUCUCCUGCUGCUUCGCGACCGGUGCUCCGUGUGGACACGAUACCGGCUCAGACUGUACCACAACAGCAAGUCAAUGGCUACUUCUCUCUGCCAACCGAGGAUGAGCGAAGAACCAAUCUGCGAGCACUCCGAGUUCAACGAGAGCAACGUUGGCAGCACAACGAAUACCUGAACAGCUUGGUUGCACCGGGGCCGUCUGGACGGCCCAUCCAAGCUCGUGCUGGAAGAUCACCUGCCGCCGUGGAAAGAGAACGGCUGGCACGAUAUGCUCAUGCUGAGCCCGAUGUGAAUGUCCAUGAGCUAUCAGCAGACCACCAUUCUCCAGAGGUCUCCGCAGAGACCUACAAUGAACGCAUGGCCAACGUCGAGCUCAACCUCGAAGAUCCAAAUCCUUCUCCGCAGCGUGUCUACGUCGAUCUUGAUGGUAUGCCAUGGACCCAGGUCAACAGUCGCAGAACCAACAUGGAUGCUUCGGAGACUAUGCCGGGGCCACUGGACCGCAUCGACUGCGUAAACAUCCAAGAUCUCCGGAACGAUCCUGUCGUCAACGCAGCCGCACAAGGGGCAUCCACUCCAAAAUUGGCGGAGCUUGAGAGGAGGUUCCCUCUCACGCGGGCGCAGAUGGAAGAACCGCCGCAGCAUAUGGUAGAUGGUGUUGCGGACCUUCGAGAGCUUCCGGUUACAUCUCCGGUCCGCGAGAGCGAGCUCCCGACGCCUUUACGCGAUCCGGUAGAUGAGUACGAUGAGCUGUACAACACGUCUCGCAGCCCAUCGCCUCGUCGUCCGCCGCUUGGCGGGUAUGUCGUUCAAGCGAUCCCUCCUGGCGCAUUGCCAUCCGACGUGGAAGCACCACUGGCGAAAGGUCCGUCCGAUGGGAUAAGAGCAGAUGCCAUUGGCACAGAGUAUGCAUCAGCUUUUGCGAGGGCAGGACGGGAUUUGCUGUCAUCACCGAACCCGCUGCGAAACAACCCUGCCCCCGAGAUCUGGCGCGACCUUCAAGCGGUAGCCGAGCGUGUUGGUGGAGAGGGACCGAUUGGUGAUGAGCUGCUUCCACGGAUACCAGCACCAUCGCAGCAGGCCCGCACUGAACCGGCAAGACCUGGCUCGAACUCAACUUCGGACCCAAGCUCGGAGUCAUCGGAAGGUGUCAUGAUGGCACCAUCGGCACAAGCCUCGCGCAGGAAUAGCGUAGAAGAGGAAUCAGCACGAGACAAAAGGCCAGCCGACCGCGCACCCAGAGCUGAGCGGGCACAGCAUCCAGUCGAUACAUUCAUACCCUCUGCGGCUUGUGGACGUCAUCAUCCCGAGAACUACCAGCGUCCGCAAAAGGCUCCGGACAGGAACAGCGCACAGAGAAGUUCGUCACGAAACAAAAAGCCGGCGAAGCGUGCGCUUGGAACGGAGCGGACACAGCCCUCUGCCUCUCUUGGACCACUUCGUUCCCCGAGUUACCAGGAUCGACCAAAGGACUCAGCAGCAUGUCUGCCCGUCCAGACACAACUUCCUCAGACCACGCAAGACCCUGGUGUUGAGCUCACCGAGCGCCAUGCCCAGUCGAUACUGCAACAUUACUUCUUCAACAGGAACGACGAGCAUGCGGGCGAUUGGCUCCGAGUGAUUAUCAACGGGCCCAACGCUGUGUACGAAGGCCGGCUGAAUCCCAACUUGGUGACGUCGGCUCUUCGAAGCCCAGACAGUGUUUAUCGCACGGCUUUGCGGCAUGUUGAGGACCGCCGGCGGGCCGAUCAUGCCGCGCGGCCUCCUAUUUCGAGGCGGCAGCAAGAGCAAACAGAGCAAGUUAGAGAGCAGGCGGCUGUCGCCGUGGCAGCGAACGACAAGCCAGCGCCGUAUGAUCCCGAGAUCGAUCUUUUCAGAGCUCAACCACCACCAACGGCGGACUCUGGGGAGGGCAUUGACAGCCUGCUGCGUGGCAGCGAGGAUUCUGAGGCGAUGACGUUGCAUAUGGCGGGCGAUACGACUGAGGUCCGGGACUUUGCGCUUGAGCAGCCGCAGCCGCCGCCCAUCGCGGAGUUAUUUACCUUUGAUGACUGGACGCAGCCCCGGACUGCGCAGAACGAGCCUCGUGAAGAGACUGUUGCUGAAGACAAUGGUUUUCUGACACCACAGCGGGCUGCUCCCGCGGCGCCCUUUAACUUCCGGGACUUCGCUCUCCCAAGGUCGAUGCAGGAAGAACGUGAGGCUGCUCUGGCGGAGAUGACGUCUCCCACAGACACUCGCGGUGCUCCACAGGCCGCGCCGAUGUUAGGGCAGAAUGAUGGCCAGGAUGAGCGACCCCAUACUCCUUCCGACCUGCUGUUCGGACGGUCGAGACGUACACCAGGCCCGCCUCCGUUCUCUGCUUCAUCGCUUGCGUCACCAAGGCAAGAAGUGCCGUCGAUUGAUCAAGUCACAGCGCCAUCAUCGAGUCGACUGCCCGGUGCGCCACCGUCACCAAACGUCGCUCCAACACUCCAGCCGCCCGAAGCCCUACGCCAAGCCAGAGAAGAGUCCUGCCAUCCUGUUCAGCAUCCUCAAGCAUCUAGGCCAGCCGGCGAAGAGUCCCGCCAGCCUCCGCAGCGGCCCCAAGCACGCCAGCCAGUCCACGAAGCCGGGAUCGACAACCUCAACGAGAUCUACCAGCGCGUCACGACCGAGUUUGAGAAUAUGUGGCAGGACACCAGUCGCCGCAACAGCAUCGUCGACACCACGGACGAGAAUGCCUGGAACAUCGCCAACCAACUCAUUGAUCUCCAGCGGCAGAACAGAUUCAGAAGAGUGCCGGGCCAGUCCGUUUCGACGUAG